AUGAGUUUCAAGUACUUCACAGAUGACAUCAUUGAACAAUUUGCUGGCACAGGGAGUAUAGAAAUUUUUGAGGCUUUGGACUCGUAUGAAACAUCCAAUCCAGAGGCCGAGGAAGAAGUUGUUCUUCUAUUCACUGAAAUGGUCCUAUCAUUUGAGGAAGGGACAUUGAAAAUGGAACACAUUGUUGACUUCCUAAGUCAAUCGAUCAAGAGUGAUGAUGUGGCAAGAUUGUUCUGUCAGGUGUUGAAUUCAUUCCCCGUCACUGAAAAUACGCGGACCUUGUUAACAACGCUUAGCAGGAACGAAAAUGUGAUAAAAUCACACACAAUUUCUUUGUAUAUUAGCUCAGACUUUAUCAAGGAGACGGAUAUUGUGCCAAGUAAAAUGUUAUCGAAGUCAUUAAAUACCAAGUUGAGAGACAAAUUGUAUACACAGAAGAAAUACAAUUUAUUGCAUGAAGAGAUUGAAGGAUAUUCAAAAUUCAUCGUGGAAAUACAUGACAUACUUGCAGGCAAUGAUGCCGAAUUUCAAGUUAAUUACGCUUUGCAAGUUAUCGAAAAAUUGGUGGGUCACUACAGCCUUGAUCCAAACAGAUGCUUGGAUAUUUUGUUUGGAAUACUCUCCGAAGUUGUGGUGGGGAAGAUCGAUCCAGUUGUAGAAUUAUUGAAAAAGAGUCGAUGGUGGCCAGCACAUGAAAGUGACAACUCAUCAAUGACUUCAUUGUCCAUUGGUGGAAGUGCAAUUGCUGCGAAAAUAAUAGGAUUGAAGAUAUUGAACUAUCCCAAAGGCAAAGAUUUGCCCGAGCUGUUCAAAAUUUUAGUAACUAUAUUAAUUAAAGAAGGAUGCAUAAGCUUUGGGUCUGUCUAUAAGUAUAUGCGGCCCGACGAGGAAGCUAUGAAGGAAUUGGAAGUUAAAUAUAAUUCAAAAUUAGAAGCAGAAGUAUUGAAAGCUGGUGCCAAUGCUUUAGCACUAGCUGCCCCUCUUGCUGAUGACGAGGAUGAAAAUGGAAAGGGCAACAAGCGAUCAAGCACUCCGGUUGGAGAUAAGACUGAUUUACAACUACAAGCCAAUUACAAAUACCAAUUUUUGAAGGCUUUUCUCAGCAAUGGACUUUACUGGCCCUCGAUAUACAUUUUAACCGAGUACCCUUUUUUUGCAGAUAUUGAUGACGAGAUACCGCAGCUCUUAAACAGAAUGUUUGAGGGCAUGAUUGAUCCACUAUACAAGCACGUUUCUCAACUUGGAUCUGAAGAGCUUAGCCAUUUGCAAGCUGCCAAAGGAACGCACUACCCCCGUCCCGGUAACAAUGUAGCUGUUGAAUCUUUUAAGGCUUCUGAUUUUUAUAGUUUUAGGCCACUAAAAAGAUCUCAUUCACAUAGAAGAUGGCAUUACUUUUAUCAAAAUUGGACUUCGGGGUUGCCUAGAGUUGAAGAUUUUGCUUCUUUAAGCAAAGUUUCUCGGGAAAUUUUAAAGUUUAUUGGACCUAAAUUGUCUCAAAAUGUUGAGUUGUUUAUUAAAUUGUGUGACAUUGUUCAUUCAUUCCAGUUGCAAGAAGGGUUGAAGGAGGACAUAUUUCACUAUUUCAGAAACUAUAUAUUCCCACUGAUGCCGCUUAUAAAGGAAAAUUCGAUUGCAAUAGAUAGAGCCUAUUUGAUUUUGGCUGCUUAUCCUGCCGAAGAUCGGUUCAGUGUUUACGGCGAAUUGUACAACAAUUUGAGAAAGAACAACACAUUAAUCAAGAUUGCGUACAGCACUGCGGAAAAGGCAACGAAGGACGUCUUGAAGAGAUUGUCAAAGGAAAAUGUUCGUCCCAUGAUGAGAAGAUUGGCUAAGAUUAGUUUCUCGAACCCUCUUCCUUGUCUAUUGACAAUCUUGCAACAAAUUGAGAGUUAUGAUAAUUUGAAUAGUUUGGUUGUUGAGACAGCUAGGUACUUUAACAGUUAUGGUUGGGACAAUUUGACUAUUGCUAUUUUAAUUAGGCUUAGUUCUGAUCGGAGAACAGUUCACGAUAAUGGAAUGGGAGAACGACAGUGGCUCCAGUCUCUCGCGUCUUUUGUUGGUAAGAUAUGUCAAAAAUAUCAAAAAGCUAUCGACACCGAAAGGAUACUACUUUACUUGCUUAAAACAUUCUACUCUGGAGACAGAGCGGGCCUACUAGUCUUGAAAGAAAUGCUUAUCUCAAUGGGUGGUAUUCAAGCCACAUCAGACUUGACUCUUCGUCAAAUUGAUAUGAUCAACUGCGGGUCCUCUUUACAAAAAGUCGUUUAUCGAACUAUUGACGACUUGAGGUACGACAGAAUUGACUCAGGAACACACUUGUUGAAGUGUAUUCUCGACUUGGAUGCAGUAAAUGAAUUUGUUAUCCUACUUUGCUCAAUGUACAAUGACUUAGUCUUUGAUGCGGAUGAAAAUCAGCUAAAAGUGUUGGCCAAUAGAGUUGAUGAUUUAGUAUCGGUGAUUAAGCUCUUUGUCACCUUGGUUUGUUUCUUUGGUGAUGGAAAUGUCGAAGUAAUGCCCAUUACAGAGUUGCAUAAAAAGUACAAUGUACCCAUUGAGUGGGGGUUUGAUUUAUGGAGACCAAAAAAGAACGCGUUUGAUGUUUUGGAAACUCAGGGGUCGGAGUUGUGUCCACUAGGUCUUUCGUCUACCUUGUACACUAUAUUCUGGUGUUUAAGCUUAAAAGAUGUUAAUUUUUCCGAUCUGGUGUAUAAUGAAGAAUUGAGCAAGCUAGAGUCUAGUAUCAAAGGAUUACGAGAUGCAAUCAAUAUCAACUCAAGAGACAAAGACUUUCCUAGGGCCACCAUUGAGAACUACAUGAAAGAUAUAGAGGCAAACGAGGUGUUCAUUAAAGAGCUACCAUCAGACAAACAGAAACAUAAGGACUUGAAUGAAGCUACUGACAAAAAGAUUCACGAAACGUCACUGGAGUGGUUCGCCUCAGAUAUUCCUGCAACAAACGAAAUCUUUAUCAAAACAUGCGUAAUUCCAAGAGCAAUCCAUUCUUCAUUUGAUGCAGUGUUUUCAGCAAGAUUUGUUUUCAAAUUGCAAGAACUAGGAGUUGAAAAUUACUCUGUAUUUGAUGUCUUGGAAGGAUUGACCAAGUCUGAGUCUCUAUCGUCGAACUUAUUCUCCUGCACGCCAUCAGAAGCCGAGAAUCUAGGAUUCUUCUUUGCCUAUGUGUUGAAACGAUUGCUGGAAUUCACUGAUGAAGAAAAGGUCAAAGAGUUGCAUGUGGAUGAUUUUGAAAAAUACCGGAAAUGGGUGUAUGAUUAUCAUAAAAUCAUUUUAACUGAGGUAGAAGCUGCAUUAGAGACGAGCGAGUACAUGUCACGAAAUAACACAAUCACAUUCUUGAAGAACUUGCUUGGUGUGUAUCCCGUGGUUGAAGAUCAUUGCGAAACAAUGUUGUAUUUGAUUGAAAAGGUUUACACUGAAGAGGACAAGGAGGACAUCAAGUUAUCUUCUGGAGCACUACUCAAUCACCUCAAAUCCCGAGCUAAGCAAUGGGUACCUAUAUGGGACUUUAUAUCUAUUAGCGAAGAAGAAAAACGAGAAUUAAUUGAGAAGAAGGAGCAGCUUGAGAAGGAGAAAAUGGAAGUUGAGAGGUUAGCAAAGUUGGAGGUUGAGAGAAUUGAGAAUGAAAAGAGAGAAGCCAAAUUGAAUGAAGAAAAGUUGGCAAAAGAAGAAGAGCUUAAGAUGAAACUCAAGAAAAUCAACUAUGGCUCACAACUGAGGCCCGCUAGUAGGGCAUCUGGUCGAAUGGUUGAAUCAAAACCCCAGGGUCGAUAUGAUGAAUAUCAAAGAAACAAUGAAGACAAAAUGGAUAUUGAUGGUAAAAAAGAAAAAACAGAGGUUGUAAAUGGAGGCCCCAAAAAGAAGUCAGGAUCAAUAGUGAACGAAGAACCAACUCAAAAGGACAACCAACCUGAUCAAACUAAUUCAACUGAAGAUGUUAUCAUGAAAGACCCAAAAGAACAAGAUGACGAUGAUGGCCACGAGGCGAAAAAGUAUAGAAAAGCUGACGACGCAACUAAAGAUAAUAAACCUGAUGAUGUCAGCAGCACACAGAAUCCCAAUCCUAAAGUGGAAAAGACGGAUAUCCUCCAAACAACAACACAGGCACAGGAGGUUGUACCUGAACCAAAAUCCAAGGCAAAUGAUGUAUCCAAGAGACAGCCUCUCCCACCACAAAGCGAACUUACUAAAAGUUCAGAGUCUGAAGUUUCCCCUAUAAAUAGAAGGGUUCCGCUACCACCACAAGAAAAAGUUUUAACUAAUGAUGUCCGAUCACCUCGGUUUGGAUCACGAGGAUCAGCAGAACGAGGAUACGGUCUGGGUCCUCGAAGGUUUGGUGAAAGUUUCAAUCUUUCGGCGCCUCCACCACCACCACCACCUCCUGUAGCUCAAUCUCGCUCAAACUUUGGUCCUACUCGUGCAUCUAUUGGCGAACGAGAUCAGCGUGGUUCGGGUACAAGGCCAUAUUCAACUUAUGACAAUAGACGCGGUAGAGGGUUGGAUAGUCGACCAUCGAAUAGCCAACGUAACGGAUCUGAUAACUUUAAUGCUAACCGUCAUGAUCUGAGGCCACCAAGAAAUUCUAAUGAUGGGAACGGACCCGGUGGUGCCUCAUAUGAAAACAGUAACAAGAGAAGAGCAGAAGGGCAAGGUAAUAGAGGGUACGAAAAGAGACACAAGUAUUAG